AUGAAUAUAAGUAGUAUUAAGUGCCAUUUUGAUGAAUUGUUGGUAUUAUUGAGUACUUCAGUGGUAAAUUUUGAUAUUGUUGUUUUAUAUGAAACUUGGCUUUUAAAUGAUGUAAAUUUUAUUAUUAAUGGCUAUCAAUCUUUUAAUUCUCUUGAUGUAAACAAUAAGUCUGAUGGUGUUACUCUUUUUAUUAAGAAUAGUUAUCAAGUUAAAAAUGUUUGUACUAACCUAAUGUCUAAUGUUAAUUAUUCAAUUGAAGUAAAUUUUGAUAUUAAUGGCAUAGAGUAUACUGUAACUGGGUGUUAUAGAUCCCCUUCAGAUAAUAUUGAUGCUUUUUUAUCUUCUUUAUAUAGUUAA